GUUCAACAUUAUUGCGCGUUUCGGUGACUAAGUCUGUUUAGUUGAGUUACGCCUUUUUAUGUAGUUGGGGGUCGGUUUUCGAAGCAACGUCACGUGAUACCGGUAAACUAAACAAUGUCGGAACGAUACAGUUUUUCGCUGACAACGUUCAGCCCAUCUGGCAAGCUCGUGCAGAUUGAAUAUGCCUUAGCAGCUGUGGCCGCAGGCUCUCCAUCUGUGGGCAUAAAAGCAACCAAUGGAGUUGUCUUGGCAUCAGAGAAGAAACAGAAAUCCAUCUUGUACGACGACAGCAGCAUCCACAAGAUUGAGCUUAUCACUAAGAACAUAGGCAUGGUGUACAGCGGCAUGGGGCCUGACUAUAGGGUACUGGUAAAGAGUGCACGCAAGCUGGCCCAGCAGUAUUACCUACAGUACCAGGAGCAGAUCCCAACAUCCCAGCUCGUACAGAGGGUGGCCAACGUCAUGCAGGAGUUCACACAGUCCGGUGGUGUGCGUCCAUUCGGUGUCUCACUGUUGAUGGCGGGCUGGGACGAGGAUGAAGAGAGACCCUACCUCUACCAGUGUGACCCCUCUGGUGCAUACUUUGCAUGGAAAGCCACUGCCAUGGGAAAGAAUUUUGUGAAUGGAAAAACAUUUCUAGAGAAACGAUACAGUGAAAACCUGGAGUUGGAAGACGCAGUGCACACAGCCAUAUUGACCUUGAAGGAGAGUUUUGAAGGUCAGAUGACCGAGGAUAACAUUGAGAUCGGUAUCUGCAACCAUGACGGCUUUCGGAGAUUGAGCCCCGCCGAGAUCAAGGACUAUUUGGCCUCUGUGCAAUGAUCGCGGUUAAUUAGCCUUCAUUCAUUAUGUUACUUAAUCAUUUUCCAUGGUGUUCUUCAAGUUCGUCUCGGAAUAGUCAGAUCUGUGCUUGUAUAUGAGACUUAUGUAAUGCACAAAAGAGAAUUUAAGAAUUUCUGUUAUACUGGUUCUACGUGGGCGACUCUGUGGAAUUAUGUUCCUUAAACAUAUAAAUCAGCAAUUAAUAAUAAAUUGGACCAAGUUUAGUCUGAUGUUUGCCUAAGAUUCCGAAAUAUACAAAUGACAACAAUUCAUAUGCUUGUACAGAUUAAGCGGUAAUCACUGAUGCAUUUGAACCCUUGUUCAAAAUAUAACACAUUUUUCUUCACAUUUCUGUUCUUGACAUUGAAACAAAAUAAAUUGUUUAAUACA